AUGUACGCCCAACGUCUUGCUGUUCCACUCGCCCGUUCCCUCCUCGUAAGUUUUUUUUUCAAUUUUUUGAUUUUCAGAGGGAAAUUUUUGAAAGUUUCAGGAGAUUAAAAUUUCCAUAUCUGGGAAAAGAAAUAAAUAAUUUUUGUCUAAGCUUGCCUGCAAACAAUGUUUCCCAGAUCUUGAAAUUUCAACUCCUCAUCCUCAAUAUUUUUCAAAAUACUCAUUUAUAAAACAAAACUAUUUUAUAGGUCUCGAGAGCCCCACUUGCUCUUCGCAUGGAAUCGGCUAUUGCCACCCGCAUGAUCAGCACCACCGUUGCUCGCAAGGAUAUCGACUCCGCCGCCAAAUACAUCGGAGCUGGAGCCGCCACCGUUGGAGUCGCUGGAUCAGGAGCCGGUAUCGGAAACGUUUUCGGAGCCCUCGUCAUCGGAUACGCCCGUAACCCAUCACUCAAGCAACAACUCUUCUCAUACGCUAUUCUUGGAUUCGCUUUGUCCGAGGCUAUGGGACUUUUCUGCUUGACUAUGGGUUUCAUGAUCUUGUUCGCUCUCUAA